ACAUCUUACUACAUCAAACAAAUACUUUGUCCAUAUUUAUCCAUCACCAACAUCAUGGACAAGCCCACCACCAAUCUGACUGGCACGGUCCCCAAGGCCAUGGACGAGCAAGGAACCAUCGGCAAGCAAUUCACAGAGCAAGGAGCUAUUGGAGGUACUGCGCAAAAGAUUGGAGGCCCCCUUGCCAAGGAUGGUGCGAUUGGCAAACAAUUCACCACAGAGGGAAGCAUCGGAGGAACAGUCCAGGAGAACAUGGGAGGAGAGAAGAAGGCUUGAUACAUUAAUGGACUUGUUAAUCUAUUCAGUCACAUUACUCCAAUCAAACAAAUUAAUAGCC